UUGCUAUGGGCAACUGGGCAACUUUUCUCUGCACAGGUUUUGAUAAAUCUCCCCCUAUAUGCAUACACCAGCUGGACGUCCAGAUGGAGACACUCUGGUUGGGAAACACUGCUUUAAGGAGAGGAUAGACGUCUGCUGGUGAGUUCCCUGUGGGGAGGAGGCAUGGCUUCUGACCCAGGAGGAAGGGAGGAAAUCUGGGCAGAGGAUCCUGGGAGAGACCAAGGUCUGGAGCGCAGCUUGCAGCAUGGAGCUGGUGAAAUUGAGGAUCUGGAGAUGGAGGAUGAUACAUUGUCACCGGUGUCUUCCCCUCUGGUAGUCAUACAUUAUAUAAAAGUAGAAACUAUGGAAAGUCAGAUCCCAAUAAACAACGUAGAGAUGGAGGAGAAAAAGUCAGUGGAGAGUCCAGACCAUUGUUCCCAUGGGCUUGGAAUAUUCUGCACCGCCCUUCAUUACAUCUCAGGGGAAAUGAAGGAAUUUGGAGACUGGUUGAGAGAUAAACCUGUUCCAUUCCAGUUCAUCGAUUGGGUUUUACGUGGCACAUCACAGGUGAUGUUUGUCAACAAUCCCCUCAGUGGACUCAUCAUUAUUGCUGGACUUUUCCUUCAAAACCCCUGGUGGGCCAUUGCAGGAUGUCUAGGGACCAUGGUGUCAACUCUGACGGCACUUAUUCUGAGUCAAGACAGAUCUGCAAUAGCCGCGGGGCUGCACGGGUACAAUGGCGUCUUGGUUGGCUUGUUGAUGGCUGUGUUUUCAGAUAAAGGAGAUUGGUACUGGUGGCUUCUUAUCCCCGUGACUGUCAUGUCAAUGACUUGCCCGGUCUUGACCAGCGCUUUGGCUUCCAUAUUCAGCAAAUGGGACCUGCCAGUUUUCACACUGCCCUUUAACAUUGCAGUCUGCCUCCAUAUAGCGGCCACCGGGCACUACAAUAUCUUCUUCCCCACUGUUGAUAUUCAGCCUAUAGAUGCUGUUCCAAACAUCACUUGGUCUGAUGUUGAAAUAACCUCGCUGUUAAAAGCAGUACCAGUCGGUGUUGGUCAAGUAUAUGGAUGUGACAAUCCGUGGACUGGAGGGAUCUUCUUGGCGGCUCUGUUUUUAUCCUCUCCUAUUAUUUGCAUGCAUGCGGCAAUUGGAUCCGCUUUGGGAAUGUUAGCAGGUCUGAGUCUGGCAACACCAUUCGAGAAGAUCUAUUUUGGACUAUGGGGCUAUAACUCCGUUUUGGCUUGCAUUGCAGUGGGUGGGAUGUUCUACGCUCUCACAUGGCAGACUCACUUGCUCGCUUUAGCUUGUGCUCUCUUUUGUGCGUACCUAGGAGCUGCACUGGGCAACAUGAUGUCUGUGUUUGGGCUGCCAUCUUGUACUUGGCCAUUCUGCCUUUCAGCGCUCACCUUCCUCUUGAUAACCACGAAUAAUCCAGGCAUUUAUAAACUUCCACUGUCAAAAGUCACCUACCCAGAAGCCAACAGGAUCUAUUUCCAGAACCUGAAGAAUGACAAGAAGGAAAAAUGCAACAUCUGAACACUACACAACAAGAAUAGACUAUUGAACUUUUUUUUUAUUUUUUUUUUUUGUAACCUCUUUUCUUUUGUGUUUCAAAAUCAACCUUUCUACUCUAACUAAAGCCUUUGAAGUUCUAAAGGAACAAGACCCUCCAUGUUGGUGUAGAUUUUAGUAUCUGAAACAUGCCAAGACACUUGGGAGACCUAAUACGGGUGUAGAGUUUACAGGACCGAGUAGAUUGGGAACUUAUCUACAAAAGAGUAUUUCAUCUUAAAACCUUAUUUAUUUUUUAUAUUAAAGUACAGGACAAAAGGGAACGAUUUCCUAAGACUAAAUCCUUAUCACAUAGAAGAACAUGAUUUACGAAGAGCAGAUCUCCUAGGUCUACGAGAAGUAGAUAGAGGAGGUUCCACUUUUGAUGACAGUCCAUUAUUUCUAUAUUAUGUUACCGUAGAUAUUGACUCUAUAGGUCUUUUUCCCAAUCUUUGUCCCUCAGGAUGAAGCCUGAGCUUAAAGGGGUACUCCGUUGGGAAUUUUUUUUCCCCAUAUUAACCGGCUCCAGAAAGUUAAACAGAUUUGUAAAUAACUUCUAUUAAAAAAAAAUCUUAACCCUUCCAGUACUUCAGCUGCUGUAUGCUACAAUCAGCUGCUUUAUGCUACAGAGGAAGUUGAUUUGUUCUUUUCUGUCUGACCACAGUGCUCUCUGCUGACACCUCUGUCUGUGUCAGGAACUGUCCAGAGUAGGAGCAAAUCCCUAUAGCAAAACUCUCCUGCUCCUGACAGUGUCUGACAUGGACAGAGGUGACAGUACAGAGCACUGUGGUCAGACUGAAAAUAACUACUCAACUUCCUCUGGAACAUACAGCAGCUAAGUACUAGAAGUAUUAAGAUUUUUUAAUAGAAGUAAUUUACAAAUCAGUUUGAAAAAAGUUGAUUUGAAAAAAAAAAAAAAAAAAAAAAAUUAUUCCACCCGAGUACCCCUUCAAGACUUAGACACCCAUCCCCUAUCCUGUGCAUCUUUCAUUAGCAAACCCCUGUCUGAUCAAUGGGCCCCAACCGCAAGUACCCCCCUCCAAUCUUGGAAACUGGGAUUACUGAGCUCUGAUUGAAUGGACAGGCAAUCAGACAUGCAUUGCCACUCCAUUUAACUCAACAGUCUUGCCACACACACACACACACACACACAAAAAAAAGCUAAGUGCUAUAACCCCCACUGGUCAGACACUCAUCCCCCAUCCUGAGGGAAGGGGAGGAGUGUCUUUCUUUUUUCACCAUAAAAAAUUGAGAUCUAACUUUCAGAAAGUAGCUUAGGAUAUUCUGAUCACAGACCUUUUUACAUUUUUCUUUGAUACGCCCUUCCAUUCCCGAUGUUUAUAGUUUUUCUGGAAAUUCAGUAAAUAGUCAGAUGGGUGGGAACUUAAUAUUAAAAAAAGGAAGGAAGUGUCUAUUAGAUGAUGGGUGGGAUUUUACAUUGACGGACGUGUAAGACUAAUACACACCCCCUGACUAUAUAACCAUGCCCAUCACCUGAUAGUCACUCCCUUUAUCAAAAUUAAGUUCAUGCCCACCUGACUAUUAACUGACUUGAAGACGAACUCUAAACCUUCAUAUCUCAGGAACGGAAGGGCGUAUCAAAACACUGUAAAAAAAGUCUGUGAUCAGGGCACCCUAAGCUUUUUUUUAAUGAUAAUGCCACCUGUUUUUUUUGGAGGGGGGUGAGGUUGGCCAAAGGUCCUCUUUAAGAAGCUCUGUAACUUUGCCUACCUCUUCCCAUAUUUUCUGCCUAGCAGAUAAAUUAAGGACUUGAUUUUAAGAAAGUAUUCCUAUACUUGCAUGUCCAUUUCAUAUGUAUUCCCAUACUUGCUUGCCCAUUUCAUAUGUAUUUCCAUACUUGCAUGGCCAUUUCAUAUGUAUUCCCAUACUUGCAUGGCCAUUUCAUAUGUAUUCCCAUACUUGCUUGCCCAGUUCAUAUGUAUUCCCAUAUUUGCUUGCCCAUUUCAUAUGUAUUCCCAUACUUGCUUGCCCAUUUCAUAUGUAUUUCCAUACUUGCUUGCCCAUUUCAUAUGUAUUCCUAUACUUGCUUGCCCAUUUCAUAUGUAUACUUGCAUGGCCAUUUCAUAUGUAUUCCCAUACUUGCUUGCCCAUUUCAUAUGUAUUUCCAUACUUGCUUGCCCAUUUCAUAUGUAUUCCUAUACUUGCUUGCCCAUUUCAUAUGUAUUUCCAUACUUGCAUGGCCAUUUCAUAUGUAUUCCCAUACUUGCUUGCCCAUUUCAUAUGUAUUUCCAUACUUGCUUGCCCAGUUCAUAUGUAUUCCCAUAUUUGCUUGCCCAUUUCAUAUGUAUUUCCAUACUUGCAUGGCCAUUUCAUAUGUAUUCCCAUACUUGCUUGCCCAUUUCAUAUGUAUUCCCAUACUUGCUUGCCCAGUUCAUAUGUAUUCCCAUAUUUGCUUGCCCAUUUCAUAUGCAUUCCCAUACUUGCUUGCCCAUUUCACAUGUAUUCCCAUACUUGCUUGCCCAUUUCAUAUGUAUUCCCAUACUUGCAUGCACAUUUCAUACGUAUUCCCAUACUUGCAUGCCCAUUUUAUAUCUUGUCCACUACAAGGGCCGGGAAUUACAUCGAUACUAGCUAUUACAAAGAAAAUGUGAAACAGAAUUUUUUUCCUUCAUUUCAAACCAGAGCCAUUUUUUCCCCCCUGAAACAACCAAUAGCCGCUUGUAAAACAUUUUAAAGGCUUGUUGCGCGUAUGUAAGUGUGUGAAUGAUGAAUAUAAAAAAACGUGUGUACCACAUUGUUUUCCAAACAACGUGCCUCCAGCUGUUGCAAAACUACACCUCCCGGCAUGUUAGAAUUUGUAGCUUUGCAACAGCCGAAGGCACCGUGGUUAGGAAACACUGCUGUACCUGUUCCCAGAUGCAGGUGUUUGUAUCUGCAACUAAUUUUAAAUUAAUAAGGUAAAAAAAAAUAAUAAUAAUAAAAUAAAAUGUCUCGACCAAUAGAAUAGAGCUAUAGAGCUACAUUCGACUUUUUAUAAAAGUUUGAUUUAAAAAAAGAAAUUUGCUCACUGACUUCUUGGGCAUAUAUAUGUGUUAUCUCUAUUAUCUAUAUGACACGUACUAUACAUGCACUACAUGCACACUUUAUAAAUUAAAGUUUUAUAUUUUCACUAGUUUUGUGUGAAAUGCACUGAAUAAAAUAA